AUGGACGCGCUGCUGCCGCGCUCGCGGCCAAUGGGAACCGCUCUCAGCUGCUACGAGCGGGACCCGCGCUCCCGCCGCAAGCAGAUCGGCGGCGUGCCGCGCUCGUUCAUCCGCCCGCAGCCGUCCUUCUUCACGGACGAGGAGGACGCCCCGCGGAAGGUCGGGAGGCCCAAGAAGAAGCCCAAGCAGCGCGCAAUCACGGCUGAAAACGACCAAGAACUAGAGAGGGCGGUGCUCCAGAGCCUCUCAGAGCCGCCGCCCAAUGCCGACAUGGAGUUCCUGCGCGCCCAGAGCCACGAGGCGUUCAUCGCGACGCCCGCCACCAUUUUCUCGCCCAAAGAGCGGAAGGUGCUGAAGGAUUUCGUCGAGGAUUACUUCAUGACGCGCCCCCGUGGGUACAUCCCGCUGCAGGCGUGGAACGGGAUCCAAGCCUGGCAGAAGACGAGGAAGUCGAGGCAGCUGCCGAUCGAACGCUCGGGCUUCGCCUGCAAGUUGUGGUACGAGCUACACGACUCGCCCAAGCUGCGGCUGGGCGCCUGGACCAAGCAGGAGGACGCGGCGUUGCGGCGUAUGGCCUCCGGGGAGGAGGACCCCAAGCUGGUGAACCAGUGGGAGGAGAUCGCCAAACGCAUGCCGAUUCCGGGCAGACCGGCGGUGCACUGCCUCGCCCGGUAUCAGACGGCGCUGCGUGCGGACAAUGUCAAGUCGGGCUUUACCCCCGAGGAAGACAAGGUGCUGAAGGAAGCGGUCCCCGUGUUUGGCGAGAAGUGGAACGUGAUUGCAGACUUGCUGGAUGGGCGUGUACCCGAGCAGAUCCGUCACCGGUGGCAGCUUACGCUGGCUCCAGGACUUCGACGAGGCAAGUUCUCGAUCAUUGAGGACAGACGCUUGCUGCUGGCACUGCGUGCGUACGUGGCCAAAGACAGCGAGUUUAAUCUGGACGAGGUAGCGUGGAAUGAUAUCUGCCACCAUCUUCCUGGGCGGACGCAGCCAGCUGUACGCGAUCGAUACGCGACGUGUCUGAACCCGGACCUGUCGUUCCGCAAGUUCACCAAGCAAGAGGACCAGAUUAUCCUCGCACGAGUGCGCGAAUGGGGCGUCGACGCUCCCAGACUGUGGUCGCGUUUAACGACGGAGCUUGCGGAUCGCACGGACUCGCAGCUUGCGAGACGCUGGAGGCACUUGGACCCCCAGGGCUACGAGAAGCGGCGACAAGCGGUGGAAGAAGCCAGUAAGGCGCAGACGACCGCUGUCUUCCGCCGUCGAUCCAUCCACCGCCGCAAGCCUCGCCUCGCACAAAAGAAUACUUCACGAAUCUCCUACAACGGUCUGGGUCUUGAUGAGGCUGCACAAGCGGCAGUCGCAACGGCAUCCCGCCCUGUAUCUCGAACCCCUGUAACCAAUGAGCCACCAGCAGGUGAAGCCCUGGAGAUUCGCCAAGCGGAAGGAGAGGACGGUUGGACCGAGUACAUGCUGUAA